AUGACACCGAACAGUCGAGCGUGUUGGGUCCUGUCGUGGUGUCUACCCCUGAUCUGGAUUUUUGGCUUCACCCCGAUCGCCCAAGCAUACACACCUUUGUCCGACGACAGCCUCAGGAGCCUACCCCGCCCCGGUAACGAUUUUGAUAUUCACAAAGGCACUCUUCUUGCGCCCAUUCUUCGGCCUCGCGUCCCCGGGAGCCCCGGCUCGCGUGCCGUUCUUGAGCAUUUUGUGAAGUUCUUCGAGACAACCCUACCUAAUUGGAACAUUGAGUUCCAAAACUCCACGUCCAAGACGCCGGUGACAGGAAAUAAAGAGAUCCCGUUUGUGAACUUGAUCGCGUCCCGAGAUCCUCCAAACGUCCAGCCGGGGAACGUGGGCAGAUUGACCGUGGUGGCACAUUACGACAGCAAGUUUAAGCCGGAUGGCUUUAUCGGAGCUACCGACAGUGCCGCCCCUUGCGCGAUAAUACUACACGCAAUACGAAGCAUCGAUGCCGCAUUGACAAAGAAAUGGGAGGUGCUGAAAGAAGAUCCGGCCUAUGAGCUAGGCCUAUACGAUUACCAAGGAAUACAAAUCUUUCUUCUCGAUGGGGAAGAGGCUUUUGGUCAAUGGAGCGAGACAGACUCGCUGUAUGGCGCUCGCUCCUUAGCUGAGCACUUGGAAAGAACACCACAUCCUGCCCUAUCGACUUAUAAGAACCCUUUGGAAGCCAUAAGGCUGUUCGUGCUGCUUGAUCUGCUCGGAGCAAAAGAUCCAACGGUGCCUUCUCAUUUCAAAACAACUCAUUGGGCGUACCAGCACAUGGCUGUUUUGGAAUCACGGUUGCGUAAACUCGGCUUGUUCAAGUCUGCGAAACAACCUCAAAAGAAUGGCAGUAAGAAAAAACCUCAGCCCGUGAAACCUUGGUUUCCCGAUCGCUUAAAGCAUGCCGAUGAUGUGUUUUCGCCGUUUGGCAUUGAAGACGACCACGUGCCGUUUAUGAAACGUGGCGUCGAUAUUCUACAUAUAAUCCCGUCACCGUUUCCUGACGUUUGGCAUCGCAUUGAAGAUGAUGCAGAGCACUUACACCCAGACACUGUGGAAGAUUGGGGAACGCUUAUUACGGCUUUCGUGGCGGAAUGGUUGGAUUUGGAGGAAUGUCUGGAGACAGAUACACUUCCAUCGAGUAGGAAGGGAGAGAGAAGUAAAACGGAGCUGUAA